AUGCUGGAUAAUAAGCUUGUCAGUCUAUUGCUGUGUUUCAGUCUGAUUCCUGUCUUUAACUUAUUGGCUAAACAAAAUCAGGAAGACAAUGAUUGGUCGAUGAUUAUGGAGGUUGAAGUUGAGGAUCCUGUCUACAACUCUACUUCUGGUAGGAGUGAGAUCAUGAAUAGCAAGGAGAAGAAUAACAAAUCCAUAAUGAAUUUACUAACUGAUCAAUCUGUAACAAUUUGUGGGUCACAUUUAUGCUACAAUCUGGGACGUUGUUAUACUGAUUGGCAUACUUCUUAUUCCCAGUGUUUGUGCCCUCUAGGAUUUUCUGGUGAUUUAUGUGAGAAAGAGGAUGAUGGACAUGAGUUCCCAUACAUUCAGCAGAAUGGUUAUCUGAAAUUUCGUUUCAGCUCACUGGUAACAUACAGUAAUGAAAGCCUUGAAAGAUAUAAAAUGUCCACAAACUAUUCCUUUACGUAUAAAGUGAACUUUGAAGUACGACCGAGUGUUACUGGUGGAAAAUAUCUCUUGGUUUCUCAUGUGUCCAAGAAUGGUGAUGUUCAGUUUUCAGUCAGUAUUGAAAAUGGCUACGUGGUGUACAGAUCUCUGACGAUUACAAGAACUAAUUCUGAACCCUACCGGAAAGAAGAAAUUCAAGAAGUUAAGCAUUUUUCAUUUCUCAAUAAAGAUCAGUGGUACUAUAUUUCGUUCGGAAUGUCAGAUGACCGGAAGAACUUCCUCAGUGUAGACGGAAUUAAAGAAGAUUCCGUUUACAUGAAAGUUAUUCCGUGGUCAAAUGUCAACUAUUACGAGAAGCACUUUAAAAAUGUCGAUGAUGCGGGAUUCAGCCAUAUAUAUUUUGGUGGGCAUCCCGCGCUGACUGAAACUGAAGGACCAGUUAAUUUUUUGGGAAAUUCGUUUGAAUAUAGCUACAGUGGAUGCAUACAGAAUAUAAGGAUUAAUGGAGUCUACAUGGAUCCUCGACGCAAAGCCUUCUUCGGAGAUGCUGUGGAUGGAUAUGGGAUAAGUAAUUGUGGAUCUGGACUAUGUGAAAAGCAACAAUGCAAGAACAAUGCAUCUUGUCUACAAACAUCUGGUUCUACUGUGAUCUGUCAAUGUCUUCUAGGAAAUGCAGGACAACAGUGUGAAGAAAGAAUUCAAGUGAUCAUGCCUUUCUACAACGGAUAUUCGUAUACAGAAUAUAUUGGAUUAAGUGGUACAUCCUCAUCAUUUACCACUUUACAACUCCACUUCAGGCCAAUUAAACCGGAUGGACUGCUGUUAUAUGAAGGCUAUAGUCAAGACAAACGCGGUGACUUCUUAUCUGUAAUUUUAUUUCAUGGUCAUUUGUUGGUGGCAUUCGACCUGGGCUCCGGUUCAGCAUUUCUAAAGAGCCCAAAGCCGAUUAAAAUGAAUGAGUGGCAUCGAAUUCACUUUUGGAGAAUCGGUCGUGAAGGUUAUCUACAAAUUGAUUCAGAUGAACAUAUUAUGACCAAUUAUUCAUUCGGUUCACAAGUACAGCUAACACUGACGUACUCUUUAUUCCUUGGUGGUCAUCCAAAUAUGAACAUCAUAUCAACUCAUUUAAAACCAUUCAUUGGAUAUUCAACCAACAUGAGUUUUGGAUUUCAAGGAUGCAUCGAAUCCGUUGAAACAAAUGGAGUCAUUAUCAACCCCAUCGAUGAUGCCAUAAAUGGUGUAAAUAUUUUAAACUGUGAUGGAGAAGCAUGCGCUCGAUCAGAUUCUGUAUGUUUAAAUAAAGGAAAGUGUUUACAAACUUCACAUGGUUUUACUUGUGUUUGUCCACUUGGAUUUCAAGGAACCCAUUGCAAAGAAAAAAUUAAUUGGCAGGGAAAGCAAUUAGCCACAUUUCGAGGGAACAGUUUUGUGGAAUUCACAGCAAGUUCACUAAAUUACAGACCUAAAAGUCAUCAUUAUCAUCUGUCAUUUGAAUUCAAAUUAGCCAAUAACAGUUUUGAAGGUGACAUCAAUUCAGCGGAAAGUUAUUCACCAGUUUACAACAAAUCUUUUAACUUUAUUAAACGGUAUUUCGUCUAUGCAGUGUUUGAAAACGCCUAUAGGACUCAGAAUGUAUUGAUUCAGCUUCUUCCUAUCAAUCGGUUUGAAUUGAAAGUAGAAAAUACAGAGUUUAACACAAUGAAAAUGUCCUCCUCCAAUCUGACAAAUCAGUCCACAAAGAAAGAAGAAAUGUGGAAAAGUACGCAUGAUCAAUUCAGUCGAAGACUUUGGAUACAAAAAUAUUAUAUUUCAGAAGAAAUAAUGACUGCAAACUUUUGGCACAAAAUUUUACUCACAAGAAGUACAACGGGUUUCACACUAUUCAUUAAUCAGUCGCUGAUUGCUCGAGUUCAUUUAGUUGAAAAUGAUAUUUACGAAAUGUUUCCAGUCAAACUUUAUAUUGGAGGUAUUCCUGAAAUACUGCAUGCACAAAGAAGAUAUUUGGAACUAAUGAGUAACGAAUAUUCAUCCCAGUAUAAACAAAAUAUCUUUAUGCGCUCAAAAAAUUUCAAUGGUUAUAUAAACAAGCUAGAAAUCAAUGGAUUCCCUACUUCCUUUUCUAAUGCACAAAAUGGUCAAGAUAUCACUCAGUGGCGAUAA